CUGAAAAUAAAAUUAUAUAACAGACCCACUAACUACUGUCAUCCAAAAUAAAGAGAACCAAAUCCAAAGAACCACUCACAAAGUCUCAGACACUCUCGUACAACACUUCGUGCGAUUUCGUUACUCUCGAGAAGAUGGGUAGGAAGUUCUUUGUUGGCGGUAACUGGAAAUGCAAUGGAACCACUGAGGAGGUGAAGAAGAUUAUCAACACACUCAAUGACGCUGAAGUGCCUUCCCAAGAUGUUGUGGAGGUUGUGGUUAGCCCUCCGUUUGUGUUUCUUCCGACAGUGAAGAGUUUAUUGAGGCCCGAUUUUCAUGUCGCUGCACAAAAUUGCUGGGUUAAGAAGGGUGGUGCUUUCACCGGUGAGGUUAGUGCAGAGAUGCUUGUCAAUUUGGAUAUCCCUUGGGUCAUUAUUGGUCACUCUGAAAGAAGACUCAUAUUGGGUGAAUCCAAUGAGUUUGUUGGAGACAAAACUGCAUAUGCACUUUCACAAAAGUUGAAGGUGAUUGCUUGCGUUGGUGAGACUCUAGAGCAGCGGGAAGCAGGAUCAACCUUGGAGGUUGUUGCAGCACAAACGAAGGCAAUUGCAGACCGAGUGUCAAAUUGGGAUGAUGUUGUCUUGGCUUAUGAGCCGGUAUGGGCUAUUGGAACCGGGAAGGUUGCAUCUCCAGCUCAGGCUCAGGAAGUACACACUGAAUUGAGAAAAUGGCUUCAAGCAAACAUUAGUGCUGAAGUUGCUGCCUCAACUCGGAUCAUCUAUGGAGGAUCUGUCAACGGUGCAAACUGCAGGGAAUUGGCAGCAAAGCCUGAUGUUGAUGGUUUUUUGGUUGGUGGAGCUUCUCUUAAGCCGGAGUUCAUUGACAUAAUCAAGUCAGCUGAGGUGAAGAAAAAUGCUUGAAUUUUCGAAACUGCCCUGAUAUUAGGCAAUUUUAAACCUUUUGUUUCAGAGGUAGAUUUAUCUAUCCGCACAAUUUUAUAGAUAAGUUUCGAGAAAUAACAAGCUUUUUGUAAUUGGGGUCAGUCCCUCUGGAUCUGGAUUUUAAUGUAUGAAUAAAUUUGUUUGUUGGCAUGCCACUACA